GUGUGUAAAUUUUUCUGUCUUAGCCGAGGGGGCCUCCAGAUACGUUCCAUGUUCUACGAUCUCAAUAUCCAGCUGCCCGACUCGGCCGGAAAGCCCAAUGGGCACAUCAGCCCGCAGGACUGGGCGCAGAUCGCGCAGACGCUCGAGCAGGCGCUCUACUUUGGCUACGAGACAGUAGCGCUCAACCAGAUAGUGCGCGGCAAGGUGACGCCCGCUCACCUGAAGGUCUGGGAGACCCUGCCAGAGGUGCCGUUCGCCCACUACACAUGGACUGCGAAUACGGCAGCGAAAGGCAAGCUGCGGGUGCUCCGGCGGCUCACCAACGUGCUCGCCGAUGCGUCGCACGGCCACGCACUCACCAGCAACGGCAACCCAUCGGUGCUCUCCUACGAUAUCGUGGCGGUGCGGCCGGAAAACGAAAAGAUCCUGUUCUCGGCGUGCAAUGGCGCAUGGGACUCUGUUGACAUUAUCUCUUUGGACAUGGCAGCGCGCUGGGGGUUCUUUGCCAAGCACAAGACCAUUGGGCUGGCUAUGCAGCACCAGUACGCGCUGGAGAUCUCGUACGGCGAGGCGUUGGCGGAUGCAGCCAGCAGAAGGCAGUGGGUGAGCAAUGCAGCCAGUGUUGUUAGGGUCACCAAGGGCAGGAACGUGCUGUGGACGAGCGCGGCGUCGCGGCCGUUUGGGCUGAGGGCGCCGUAUGAUAUUGUCAACUUGGGCGGGAUCUUGCAGCUCAAUGGGGAUUUGUCGAAGCGAGCGAUGACGUCGAAUGCCAGGGCUGUGGUGAUGCACGGGUAUACGCGGCGCGAAACGCUGCGUGCGGUGGUGGCGGUGGACGACGAGCCACAGCGCAAAAAGCAGAAGGUGAUGUAAGGAGCCGUGUGAAUAAAAAUUUUUAACAAGCAGUGCAGCGUGUAUUGAACUCACGACAAUCACUAGGAGGCUGUGAGAAAAAAGCUCUUGCC